CCUGGUCUCGCUGGUGGCGCUCGGUCCGGAUGCUCGCUGCCGAAGACGAUGUUGGACCUUCCUUUGCCGUCUUCUAAUCUUCCACUGAUGGUGACACGACCAUCGUGAUACAGAUGUUCAAUGCCGCUGGGCGGUGAUGAGGCUGAGCAGUUUGAGCGAGCGUCCCCAAACAGGGUGGGUCGACGCUGGUUCUGGUCGACGCAUCCUCGAGGACGAAUGGUAUAAGAAGGCUUUUCGUCGCCCCCCCUCUUCGAACUUUUUGUCCAUCCCUCAGAGCUUUGACUUCCUUGAGCUCUUCACCAACCCACCCAACCAGCCUACUCUCGCCCACCUCGACUCGCAUCAAGAAGCAGCCCACCCUACCCACCUCGACCCUCUUACCUCACCUCGUCCUCCUCGGCCACACUCGUCAUCGUCUACGACAACGCUCUCUACCCCUCGCGCCGCAUCGACAUCAACACGCCUCACCCAGGUCUCGAGCCUAGCCGUCGUCAUUAUGGCCAUGCUCCUACCCCCUGCGCGCCUUCGUCGUCAUCAUCAUCAUCAAGCCUUAUACCCCGGCCAAGGUCCAGUUCUACACGUACCCUACUCAGCAAGAUCGAUGCGAGUGUCGUACCCAUUAGGAGCCUACCCGUCAUGGUACAAGGUCAAGGUCAAGGCCGAGAGAAGUUCGUCUCGUACCUCCUUGACCUUACCGGACGUAGCACAACGGAUCAUAGAUCAUAGCGUCCCUUCACUGGAUUAUGGAGCUUCACCUUCGUACAGCCCUCACCGUGGCGUAUCACCACGGUCUGAGCGCAGGCUAGUCUAGCCGAACCAAAGCUCAACAGCUUCGACAUGGCCGUCGAGGGCAUCGACAAAUUCUCGGUCACUUCAAGCCUAUUUACU